AUGCUCGCACGAAUUGCCGUGGUCGAUUAUCGAGGUCAGGUAGUCCUCGACACUUACGUCGCUCCGACCAUGAAGGUCUCCGAGUAUCGAACAGUCACUACCGGAAUCGAACCCAGCCAUCUGUCUAGCAAACACGCCCUUCCAUUCAACUCCGUUCAGCAACACGUCGCCAGCAUCAUCAAGGGCAACAUACUGGUCGGCCAUAGUCUAUGGAACGACUUGUCUGUCCUAGGCAUCCCGCACCCUGCCGUUGACACAAGAGACAUUGCCCUCUAUCAGCCUUUUAGAAAUGCACUUCGUUCACCCAACCACAUAAUCGGUCUACCAACCCUAUCAUGGCAGCUUAUGCGUCGGCGCUGUCAAGACAGUGAACAAAACCCACUCGAAAAUGCUAGGGCUGCGUUGGACCUCUACCGAUCUGAUGCAAAAGAAUGGGAGGGUGCGAUUGCGAAAGGCAACUGGCCGUGCGCCCUUCCUCCGAGUACAUUCUCCCGUUGCUACCUCUAA